GAGCAAAUUAAAUCAAAUGAGUUCCGCAAAAAUAUGGUGAAUUAAACAAGCUCUUACCAACCCGCGUGUUACCGCAUUCAAGCCAUUCACCCACUUGUAUAGUUGUGGUGGCAAAUCCAUGAACCGUAAAUUCUCUCUAUUGUCGCAGGGUUUUUAGCUUCUACAAUUUGUUUAGUAAAUCCAACUAUAUUCGAAGAAAAAUGAGAGCAAUUAAUUCAAUUUUUCGGAAAAAUUUUCUAUCAACUUGGAUUAAAGCAACUACAUUUGAGAGUAGAAGUUCAUUUUGCACCCAAAAUUUGGAUGGAUUAAGCAGUUCUAAAGUCAAGAUUUUCGAUCGUGAUCUCAAGCGCAAACAGCGUGAUCGAGCAGCAUGGUUGUCUCGCUCAGAUGAUACAUUUAUCAAUUCCGUGGCUGAUAAUCUUCUGGAUCGCCUAGAGGACUGCAAAAGAGAAUUUUCCACGGCAUUAUGUCUAGGAGGCUCCCUAAAGGCAAUAAGGCAGUCGUUGCGUGGGCGGGGUGGUGUUGAAAAACUCAUAAUGAUGGAUUCGUCAGUGGAUAUGGUGAAACUAUGUAAAGAUGCUGAGAAGGAUAUGCCUGACCAAAAUGUUGAAACAGCUUUUGUUGUAGGUGAUGAAGAGUAUCUACCAGUGAAAGAAAGUUCAUUAGAUCUAGUCAUCAGCUGUUUAGGACUGCACUGGACAAAUGAUCUUCCUGGAGCCAUGAUACAGAGUAAAUUGGCACUGAAACCUGAUGGGCUCUUUUUAGCUGCUAUUCUUGGCGGAGAUUCAUUGAAAGAAUUGAGGAUAGCAUGUACUGUGGCACAAAUGGAACGUGAAGGUGGCAUUAGUCCACGUCUAUCUCCCCUGGCACAGGUACGAGAUGCAGGAAACCUUUUGACAAGGGCAGGGUUUGCUCUUCCAGGUGUUGAUGUAGAUGAAUACACUAUUAAGUAUGAGAAUGCUUUGCAGCUGAUUGAGCAUCUUCGUGCUAUGGGUGAAACUAAUGCUCUUGUACAGAGGAACAAUAUUUUAAAAAAAGAUACUGCUCUGGCAACGGCUGCUGUCUAUCAAUCCAUGUUUGGAGCUGAAGACGGCACUGUUCCUGCAACAUUCCAGGUUAUUUUCAUGACGGGGUGGAGAGAGCACUCUUCUCAGCCGAAGGCCAAAAGGAGGGGAUCUGCCACCGUAUCUUUUCAAGACAUACAGAAGCAAUUUGGGAGUGAAGAUAAGUAGGCAGUUUGUUUCGCCCCACUAGCAGUUCCAACUGUUUCUAAAACAGCUUUAACAGUUUGCCAAAUUUUGUUGCAAGUAGAUGUUAUCUUGAUUUUAGAUAGUGGUGGCGGUACAAGAAUAAUGAUGUAUGUCCUUAUGUUGUCCCUCCAUCCAAAUUUAAAUAGUGUCAAAGCAAUGUAUUACUGCUGGACUAUUGUGCUUCAUGUAUCAUGUAUGUGCUAAUGUGCUAUUACAAGUUUACAACUCUGUAAGUCAUCUGAUACUGAUUAAACCUAUAGUUAAUACUUCGAUUCUUUUCUGUUUCA